AUGGACGGCUCCGCUCCGGAACAAGUCAACCCGGCCGGCCCGCCUCGGGGAAAAUAUCUUGGCGAUCUGGCUGUGGUCGACAUAGCUCCUGAGGGUGACCUUGUCCUUCGUGUCACCUUCAACACGUCGAAAGAAACACUCACGGCAGCCAAAGAGUCAAAGGAGCCACCAACGGCUCUCAAGCCCACAGUGAAGCAAGGCUACAGGGUGCAAAUAUCUGUUCUAAAAGCCAAUUCAGGGUACUUCAACCGUUUGCUAGGGGACACACGGUUUGUGGAAGCCAAGGCAGUUGAAAAUGCCCUCCAAAAGCUGUCCCUAUCAAACGUAAAACCCUCCGAAGCAGACCUUUCCGAGCUGCCAAUCGUCGAAAUCAGUGAAGAUGACGAAGCCUCCCGUACCGCCAACCUCAGCUUGGCCUUCGGUGACCUGAUGAGGAUCCUUCAUCGAGUCCCCAUCACCACCAGGCCCCUCGCCGUCCGCUACCUGGCCAUCAUUGCCGUCCUAGCAGAUCGCUUCGACUGCACCCCCUUAGUAUCCAAAUGGCUAGCCGCAAUCAAGUUCAAAUUCCCCCCCAUCACCACCCAAAACCAAAACCGAACCGGCCCAGCCCUCUCCAAGUCCUCCGAAGAGCUCCUCCGCCAAAAGAUCCUCGUCUCCUGGCUUCUCGACCGCCCAUUAGUCUUCCAACCCUCCACUCGCGAGCUAGUCAUGUACGGCUCAAGACGAUGGUGCACCCUCUUCGACGAAGAAGACGAAAAGUCCGAACACGUCUACACAGCAGCAUGGUGGGAUCUCCCCUCCGGUCUCGAACAAGAACUCCAGCUCCGCCGGGACUGCAUCCUCAACACCGUCUCCUCCGUCCCAUCACACUUCCUCUCCCUCUACAUCUCCCCCUCGCAGUCUCGCCCCCAGUGCAAGCUAGGCUACACCUCCUCUCCCAGCUGCGACUCUUUCCAAUUAGGGGUAGCUAUCAAAUUUCUCUCCAACCGCAACCUCCUCUCCUUUGUCGAUUUUGCCCCAAAGUCGUACGAUAAAUUCCAUGCUUCUGGCCCGCCAAAUGACUACAUCAUGUCUGACGUCUUGCACAUAAUCAAGACUCUUAAGCAAUGCCCGGCGUAUCAAAUCGAUAACAACCACAGGCAUUGCGAUCUGAGGGGUAGGAUGGGCAGGAUAUUGGAAUUUGUCGAGGCCAGGCUGGGAGGUGGCGGGGUGGGUAUCAAUCGGGUAGAGUGGGCGAAGGAUAGAGUGGAAGCUUCCUGGGAAAGGAGGCACGGGGCGGAAGAUGGGGAGGAAAGGGUCUUGAAGUAUACCAGCUCAAUGAGCUCUGAUCAGAGGCUAAGAUACGGGGGUGCAUUUGCGGCAGAGAAGUUAGCAAGAGAGGUAUUCACAGCCGAUGAGUGGGAUUGGACAGCCGGAGAAAAUGAAGGGGAGACAGAAGGAAUCAGCUUCGGAAAAUGGAAGCUUGGGGAGAAGUCUUUUCCCAAAUGA